GUGUAAAAAUAAGUCAAAACAAAUAAAAAUAAAAGUCUUCCUUCCCAUAAUUAAAUAAGUGAAGCUUUCUGCUACUUAAGUAACCUCACCUUCCCAGAGACUUGUUCUUCCAAUUCAAUACCAUUUUGGUAUGAGAAAUUCCACACUCUGAAAACCAGAAAUGCACCAUUAAUGGAGGACAGAAAAGCUCACACAAUUGCUAUUUCUCUUGUAGUAAUACUAAUCAUUGUUGUCAUCGUCGCUCGCCUGAUUCUGAACCUCACCGGCCCUUUCUACUUCCUAUGUGGAGCGGACGUCGCCGCCAUUCUCGCCGUCGUCGCGGUGGUGGUGAUACGCCUGCGGUUCAGAAGCCGGCGGCAGCAGCUGGAGCAACAGCUGGACGCCGAGGGCCGGGAGCUCCGGAUCGAGUACAGCUUUCUAAGGAAAGUGGCCGGAGUUCCGACGAAGUUCCGGUACCAGGAGCUGGAGAACGCGACGGACGGGUUCCGGGCGCUGGUCGGAAAAGGGUCGUCAGGGUCGGUGUUCAUGGGGGUUCUCCCCGACGGCACCCCGGUGGCUGUGAAGCGGAUCGAGGGAGAAGAGCGCGGCGAGCGGGAGUUCCGGUCGGAGGUCGCCGCCAUCGCCAGCGUGCAACACGUCAACCUCGUACGCCUCCUCGGUUACUGCUCCGCACUCCCCUCCGGUCCCAGAUUUUUAGUUUACGACUACAUCUCCAACGGAUCAUUGGACAAUUGGAUCUUCACUAAACGAAACCCCCAAUUGCAAGCCCGGAAAACUGGCUGCUUAUCUUGGGAACUGAGGUUUCGAGCCGCCAUAGAUGUCGCCCGAGCUCUCUCCUACCUCCACCACAACUGCCGAUCUCGAAUUCUCCACCUCGACAUUAAGCCGGAGAACAUCCUCCUGGACGCCGACCACCGCGCAAUGGUCACAGAUUUCGGCCUCGCCAAAAUAAUGGGGAGAGACGAGAGCCGCGUGGUGACCACGAUCCGGGGCACCCGGGGAUACCUAGCCCCGGAAUGGCUCCUCGAGAACGGAAUCUCAGAGAAAUGCGACGUUUACAGCUACGGCAUGGUGGCGCUGGAGAUGAUUGGGGGGAGAAGAAACGUGAGCGUCAUCAAGGACCCAACCUCGAAGAAGAAAUUCCAGUUUUUCCCCCAAAUGGUUAGCGAGAAAUUGAGGGAAGGGAAAAUCAUGGAGAUUGUGGACCAGAGGGUAGUGGAGAUGGGAAUGGUUGAGGAGAGGCAAGUGGAGAAACUGGCGAGUGUGGCGUUGUGGUGCAUACAGGAACGGGCGGGGUUGCGGCCGAGCAUGACGGCGGUGGUGGAGAUGCUGCAAGGCCGCGACGCGGUGGAGCCGCCGCCGGAAAGUUCAAUGUUUAUUGUUGAUUUGUUAUCCAAUGAUGAAGAUGGUGUGGAUCCCAGGAGGCCUAGAUUGGGAGCAUUGCAAGUAGCUCAAGUGGACUGUGACAAUAACUCUCCUUCAAUUGCUUUUUCUUGUGGUAUAUCUGUACUCUCUGGCAGAUAGCAUUUGACUACUUCGUUUAUUUCCUUAACUCAUCCAUAUUGGUUUUUGUUUUUGUAAACCAUAUACAUUAAAGAUUUUUCUAUGGUAUCAAUGAUAUCAAGUACACUUA